CAUAAAAUAAGGUUAAAAUUGGAUUUUGUCAAGUUAAAUAGGAUCUAUGGAGCCUGUAAAAUUUAUUAAAAAGGGUCGUAUAAAGUCUGUAAGGAAACGUGAGGAAGAUUCUGAAUCAGAGGAUGAUACAGUUGUAAAAUCUAAAAAAGUUAAUUUUCAAAAAAAAAAUACAGUAACAAGUACUAAUAUUUCUGGAAAAUCAUCAUUAAUUGAAGAAUUUGAAACUUCUUCUGUUAAUACUGCAGAUCCUCCUAUUAUUGCUUCUGAUCAUACAAAAAAUUCAAAUCAAACCCUUACUCGUCCUGGUCCUGUUCAAGCAAAACAUAUUUUACCAACUACUUUUAUUGAUUAUGCUCCCGAUAUUUGUAAAGAUUACAAACAAACCGGAUUUUGUGGUUUUGGUGAUACUUGUAAAUUUCUUCAUGAUCGUGAAGACUAUAAGGCUGGUUGGCAACUUGAUCAUGAAUGGGAUUUACUUCAACAUAAAAAAAGAUCCGCUAUUCUUCAUGGAAAUAAAUACGAUUCUCAUACUGAUGAUUCUUCUUCUGAAAAUGAUGAGAUUCCAUUUGCUUGUUUUAUAUGUCGAAAAGAAUAUGUUCAACCUAUAGUUACAAAAUGUGGUCAUUAUUUUUGCGAAUCCUGUGCAAUACAAAGGUACAGAAAAAACCCAAAUUGCAUUAUUUGCGGUGCUGGAACUUCUGGUAUUUUUAAUACUGCUAAAAAACUUCAGUCAAAAUUGCUACAAAAACAACAACGAAUAAACGAAAAACAUGUUUCCUCUGAUAUUUAACCUUUCUACUUCUUUUUUUGCAUCUUAUCUUUCGAUUUAUCCUACU